AUGGACUUGGGUGGUGGUGGAGGUGGAGGAGAUGGGGAUGACGAUGAUGACAGGAAGAGGAAGGCAGGCCAAAGGAAUGAGGGUGGUGAUAAGGAGGAGGUAUGGCAAGGUGCGGGGACGGGAGACGUUGUGGCGAUUGUGGAUGACGAGGAGGAGGAGGAGGAGGAGGUUGAUGACGACGACGGCGGCUACGGCGAUGGCACUGGACAUUAUGGGCGUCGUGGUGGCAAGCAUGAUGACAACAAACGGCAGCAGCCACUCCGCCCACCGCCGCCACAGCACCAGCCACAACGGCAACGGCAGGACAGCGAGCGGUACGAGGAGCUGCGCAAGCCGCCAUACCCAGAUUGGCAGCUGUAUGCGCUGUGGAAAGGCGAAGGCGACACAGAGGUGGUGGACGGCACAGAGCCCAAGGCCAAGGGGAAGGCGGCGCUCAUGGCGAUGCGGAUGGCAAUGCGACCAAGCAUGAUCCGCGUGUGCGAGCGCACGUUCUUUGAUGCAGUGGUGCUGUGCGUCUGGACAGACCUGCUUGGCCCACGCUGCAGGCACCUCUGGCUCGGCAGCAACCUGCCCAAUCCCAACUUCCACGAGAAGCUGCUGAAGGUCCUGCCCAGGCUGACGACGGGCGGCGAGCUCACGCGGAACAUGGAGGCGGACGGCUCCUGCGCGAGCCGCUACUACCGCCUGCCUGCUGAGGGCUUUGAACUUGGCACGUUUGUGUUCCUGGCUGACGUGGACGGGGCCACGUGCCCUUGCGCCUUGUCGUUGGUCAAGGAGCUGCCGCCAACGGAGGUGUCGCGAUAUCUGAAGCUGUUUGGCGUGUGCCGGGACCGCAUGGCGACGCUGGUGAAGAAGUUCGUGGCGCAACUCAAGCACCGAAAGGAGGGCACCACGACAACGCAGGUGCUGCUCAGGUUUACGGAUGACAUUGGCCCCUUUAUGAUCGCCGUUAACCACCUGGGCCAGCAGCGAGCGCUGGGCCAAGCGGAUGCGCCGCAGCCCUCGCCGUUCGCAGACACGGCCCUGGACCUGAGCGAGUCCAUUGACGGGGCCACCUUCCAUCUCCCACGCCCCUUUCUUGACAUCUGCAUCACGUGUCAUCUUCAGACUGCCGGCCGCUCGGUCAUUGUCGGUGAGGACUCGGAGCCAGUCCGUAGGCUCUUGCGCACGCUCGCCCUCUUCCUCACACAGGCUGAGCAAGAGACAGUGCGCUAUGACUCAACAGGCAGCAUUUACGAGCCAGACCUUGUUCUUCAAGUGGUGAAUGCGCCUGUGGACAAGAUUGAGUCACAGGUGCUCGAUGCGAACCACCCAACGACGAUUAUCGACCCCAAGCUUCGUGUUGUCCGCAGAACACACAACCGCGAUGUGUACACGGUCGAACACGAGCAGCGGGAGCAUGCGCAGCUCAGCAACUUGGAGGCCGGUCGUCAGGCUGACUUGCCUGCAAGCAAACUCCCUGCAACGCGACGCCCAGCGCCGCUUGUGCGGUCAUUGCUGGAGACGCUGCUGUACGAACCAACGUCGUGCCACGCUGCGGUACUCACGCACUUCAGUCGUUCCUUGCAGAGGACAGCGCUCGUUCUGAUUGAGCUUGCGAGUGGAUGCCGCGCCACAUCCGUUCGCGUCCCUAUCUGGAAUGGCCAUGGCGCAGAGCGGCCGCUUCCUGCACAGAAGCGCGACAAGAUGAGACAGGCGCUGCAACUGCACGACUACCAUGACUUUGAGAUUGUGUUGGCCAUGUGUUGGAAGCUUGACAAUGACUCAUAUGCACGCAUCCUCGGAGACGACAGUGUGCGCGAAGACCAGCUCUCGAGCUUCCUGGGCUCGCUGUAA